AUGGAAACCCUGAUGAGUUCUUCUUCUUCACUCCUUUUUCAGAGUAGUAAGAACAGAUCAUUUUCAUCUCCAAGAUCAGCUUUUCCUCACUCGACUAGUAUUAAACCUGAGUUUGUUAGUUUGUUUCCUGCUUCUUCUCAUCAGAAACGAAGUAAUCACAAUAACUUAUCUCUGGCGAUUUCAUUAUCACGAUUUAAAGCUAUUAUGGGAUCAGUUAUUAGCAGAUCUUGUUCCUCUAAGUCAUCUUUUAAUCCUCAGGGCAAUGCUGCAGACAUUGAAUUUCCAUCUCAAGAAACGCUUCAAUCGAAGACGGUCAAAGUGAGAUUUCAACUGAUGCAAGAGUGUUCGUAUGGUCAAGAAUUUCUAGUCGUUGGCGAUGAUCCGAUCUUGGGUGCUUGGGACCCUUCUAGUGCAGUACCAUUAAAAUGGUCGGAAGGAAACCUCUGGAAAGCUGAACUUGAUGUUCCGGUUGAUAAAACAAUCGAGUUUAAAUUCGUACUCAAAGAUCCAAAUACAGGAGAGGUUAUAUGGCAUCCUCGCCCAAACAGGGUUUUUCAAACAUGGGAAACUAAAUUGAUUGUUGUUUAUGAAGACUGGGACAUUAUUUUUGGAGACUGGCACAUUUUAUUCGAAGACUGGGACACCGUAGGGUUUCUUCAAACAUGGGUAGACUUGCCCAAUUCGAACGAGAAGACACUCGUCGUCGUUAAGCCGCUCAGUAGUUCUCUGCUCAGUAGUGCUGAUGUUUCUUCAAUCCGGCUCGACCUCCUUUUCGAAAGUCUAGCUUUUCAACUAAAAAAUAUGGAUGAACUUCAGUAGGGUACUAAAAGAAUAAAGUAGACGAAACAAUAUAAGGUCCUUUUUUGUAGGCCGUCGACAUUCAAUUUCAUCACUUGUUUUGCUGGUCAUCAUGGACACAGAUACUGGCAAGUACUGUUGUCUUGUGUCUAUGCAUAAACUCCUUUGUCCCCGGAGCCACUAUUUAUUUUCAUCCCUUUUUCUUAGAUACCACCGAUGGCAACUUUGUGAGACGCAUUAGUAAUCAAUCACGGGAUUAUUGUUUUUUUU